CACUUGUCUUUGUUCUUCGCUUAACCUAACCUCAUAAUACCUGAAGCCCAAUGUUACCCAUGUUUCGUUACUGUCGCAAAACCUUGUUCAGCCUCAACCACAACCGUAACCUCAAUCCCACACCAUUCUAUUUUCUUCAACCUUCUCUGUCUUUCAUUUCCUCUUCCGAACAACACUCUUUUACACUGAACUACCUCAUCAACAUUUGUGGCUUCUCCCCAGAAACAGCUUCCAAACUCUCCAACCGAAUUCGUCUCGUUAACUCAGAGAGGCCCGACUCAGUCCUUGCCUUGUUCAGAACCCAUGGCUUCUCAGACGCUGAGAUACGUAGGGUCAUCGAUGGCUACCCAAGGAUACUCACUUCUAGAUCCAACAAGACCAUUCUUCCAAAACUCAACUUUCUUCUCUCAAAGGGUGCUUCAAGUUCCGACCUUGUUCAUAUCGUUACUAAAAAUCCCAGGUUCUUGUACUUUGGCUUGCAAAAUUCCUUAACCCCACGUUAUUAUUUCAUCAAAAGUUUCCUUCAUUCUGAUCAUUCAACUUUGCUCUCGAUAAAAUCCUGCCCUGGAAUUAUUUACUCUAAGAACCCAUCACAUAAUGUUCAGGUUCUGCUUGAAAAUGGGGUCCCUGAAUCCAAGGUUGCUAUUAGCCUUCGUUAUUGGCCUUCUUCUCUCGUUGUGUUUCCUCCUAUCUUUAAGAAUGCAGUGGAAGAAGCGAAGGAAAUGGAAUUCAGUCCCAACAAUACAGUAUUCAUUGUAGCACUGCGUGCUAAGCUUAUGAGAAAAUCCUUGUGGCAAAGAAAGGUUGAUUUGUAUAAGAAAUGGGGUUGGUCUGAAGAAGAUGUUAUUUCAGCAUUUGUGAGGUAUCCAUGGUGCAUGUUGGCAUCUGAGGCUAAAAUUGAGGCAAUGAUGGAGUACUUUGUCAACCACUUGGGUUGGAAGUCUCAUAUGCUUGCCCAACAACCAGUGCUUAUUAUGAUGAGUGUGGAAAAAAGACUUAUUCCCAGGGCUUUUGUCUUGCAGUUUCUUCAGUCCAAAGGUUUGAUUAAGGAUGUUAAUUUGGCCGGGGCUUUUAAGGUUGCUGAAAAGACGUUCUUGAAGAAAUAUGUGAAUUGCUUUGAGAAGGAAGCUUCUCAGCUGUUGAAGCUGUACGAAGAAAGAAGAGAUCCUUCAAGAUAACACUGAUGCAUGCAAGCGGCAUCAGUGUCCUUUUCUCGUUUUUAAUAAGUGGUCAUUUUAUUUAAUUGAUAAUUGGUAUAGGCUUUCCAUUUUUUUUAUUACUUGAUGCAUUAGGAUAUCUUCAUUGCUGAGAGGGAAUCUCGCAACAGUUUUAGACCAGAAAUACUUGUUGCAUUUGACAAUUGAAUGUGAUCAUAGAUACUAGUUCAUGACCCAUCUGCCAUGUUUUGCCAUAUUUUGUUACGAGGGUUCGUGAUUUAUGUUAU